AUGAGGGAGAAGGGCCGCAGGAAGAAGGGCAGGACCUGGGCAGAGGCCGCCCGCACGGUCCUGGAGAAAUAUCCUAAUACACCGAUGAGCCAUAAAGAAAUUCUUCAAGUUAUCCAGAAAGAAGGACUCAAAGAAAUCAGAAGUGGGACCUCUCCUCUUGCAUGCCUGAAUGCUAUGUUGCAUACAAACUCCCGAGGGGAAGAGGGCAUUUUCUAUAAGGUCCCGGGGCGGAUGGGAGUGUACACGCUCAAGAAGGAUGUUCCCGACGGACUGAAGGAGCUCUCRGACGGCUCGGAGGAGAGCAGCGACGCGCAGUCCGACUCGCAGAGCUCGGAGAACAGCAGCAGCAGCAGCAGCGACGCCUGCGGCAACAAGGACGGCAGGAAGAGCCGCUGGAAAAGGAAAGUGUCGUCGCGGCUGUCGCAGGCGGCCUCCCCGCAGCCRGGCUGCCCGUCGCCCUCCGUGCCGGCCGCCAAGGUGAUCUCGCCCUCGCAGAAGCACAGCAAGAAGGCGCUCAAGCAGGCCCUGAAGCAGCAGCAGCAGAAGCAGCAGCAGCAGCAGCAGCAGAAGCAGCAGCAGCAGCAGCAGCAGUGCCGGGCCGCGAUGCCCGUGGCCGGCCAGCACGUCCUGCUCAAGGCGGUGAAGGCGGCCGGCGACUCCGCGACGCCCAAAGCGGCCUGGGAGGGAAAGCAGGCGGCCGGGCGGCCCAGCAGCCUCGCCAGCGCCGCGGGCGGCCCCGCUGCCUCCGUCAAGCUCGGGAGCUCCCUGCCGCCGCUGCCCAAGAAGCCCUUCCAGAGAUCCGACAGGCUCCACGCACGGCAGCUGAAGAGAGCCAAAUGUGCGGAGAUCGACGUGGAGACGCCCGACUCCAUCCUGGUGAACACCAACCUGCGGGCGCUCAUCAACAAGCACACGUUCUCCGUGCUGCCCGCCGAGUGCCAGCAGCGGCUGCUGCUGCUGCUGCCCGAGGUGGACAGGCAGGUCGGGGCGGACGGCGUGAUGAAGCUGAGCGGCUCCGCGCUCAACAACGAGUUCUUCACCUCGGCGGCCCAGGGCUGGAAGGAGAGGCUCUCGGAAGGGGAGUUCACGCCAGAAAUGCAGCUAAGAAUACGUCAGGAGAUAGAAAAAGAGAAGAAGGUGGAGCUGUGGAAGGAGCAUUUUUUCGAGAGUUACUAUGGUCAGAGUUCUGGACUAAGCCCUGAAGAGUCGAAGAGACUGACGGCGAGCAGCAGCCCCGCGGAGCCGGCGAGCGGCCGCGCGGCGCCGGGGCAGCCGCAGCGCCCCGCGGUGCCGUCCCCGCCGCCUGCAGCCGAGCCCGGCGCCCGCGCAGCGCCCGCGGCGGCCCCCAAAAGCGGGCAGGAGGACGGGCGCGAGGCGGCGCAGCCCAAAGCGGCCAAAGCCCCCGGCGCCGCCGCGGCCUCGGAGGGCGGCGCGGGCAGAGCCGGCGAGCGCUCCGCGUGCCGGCCCUCCAGAGCCGCCAGCGGGGACGCGGGGGCGCAGAGGGCAGAGCCGGCCGCGAGCCGGCAGCCCGAGGAGGAGAAGCCGCGCGCUGCGCCCACGGAUGCGCCGGAGCCCCCCYGCGCCUCGGCUGCGGCGCCCUGCAAACCAAAGAGCCCCGAGGCCGGCGGAGCGGGAGCAGGAGCGGGAGCGGGUGGCCCCGCGGGAGCGCCCGAGAAGCAGCGCCCUGCGGGUGAAGAGAUGGAGGUGAGCGCCGAGGGCCUCAAGAGGAAGGCGGAGAGCCGCGACGGAGCCCUCGGCUCGCCCGAGAAGAGGCCGCGCGUGGCGGAGGGCGGCCCGCAGCCGCCRGCGCCCGGCCCCCCGGCGCCACGCGUGCCCCCGCUCAAGGUAACGCGGCUCCCGCGCUCACAAGGGCCCCUGCGGGUUCCCUUCUCUCCACCGCCGGCCGCCGCGGCCCCGCUCGUCGGGCCCAGCUACAGCGGCACCAUCAACGUCUCCACCUCCGCGGACGUGAGCCAGGGCGCCCUGGUGAGCGGGCUGGCCGAGUGCAAUCAGCUCUCGAGCAGCAUGGGCAACGUCAUGUCCUUCUCGGUGACCGUCACCACCAUUCCCACCGGGCAGGCUGUGAGCGCGGGCGGCCACGGCCAGCCGCUGCCCGUGCAGACCUUCGCCGAGGACAGCGGCAUGGAGGACUCGCCUUCCAAGUGUUACUGCAGGUUGAAAGCCAUGAUCAUGUGCAAGGGCUGUGGUGCCUUCUGCCACGACGACUGCAUCGGCCCCUCCAAGCUCUGCGUCUCCUGCCUCGUGGUGCGGUAACGGAGCCGUGAAGCGGGGACGGAGGCGCCGUCCGGCUCACGGACUGCGGGAGGAGACGGGAGAUUCACUGCCUUGCACAAGAGACACGUUACCGAAUCAGGAAUCCAGAGCAGAGAUCUUCUUUCAUUCAAGAAAGAGCACCUUGUACAGUGAGUCUCAACUGAGCUCAACUACGUGAAUCGUGACAAGAGUUUGCACUUAAGGAAUUAUGUAAAUAUGUCACAUUAUUUUGGUUAAAGGUAUUUUUUCAGUCUUUUAGGAGAUGGCGUUUGACUUGAACUGCAGUGUCAUUAACCGCAGCCUGCUCUCCAGCACGUUCGCCGAGCUCUGCUCCAGGCGGGGGAAUGAGCCCCGCGCGAAACUUCAGCCUCUUGGUUUGCUCUUGGCAAAGAGAAGAGCUGGAUAAUACGGAACGAAACCC